AUGAUUGAAGAGUCCGCUGAAACCGUUCGGCGACGCGACAGAUUGCGCCGAUACUCGGAUACUCACGUGACUCGGCCCCACGCGGAGGCGGCGCUGCACGUCAACAGCUUCAGCGUCGGGCUGCUGGCGAUGUCCGGUUCGAUGGGUGGUGUUACUAUGAAGAAGGCCAGAGGUGCCGUGUCUGCAUUCGAAAAUGCUCUGCGCCGUGACUUCAAGACGCCCGCUGUUGGACAUGGCGUCCAGCGGGUCGGCAUGGCGAACACCUGGAUGGACCAUUUUCCUCGAACAACGACCCGCCUACUGGAUGAGAUGGAUUCGAUUCUUGGAUUCAAACUCUCGCGUGUCAUUAUUGAUGGGCCCAACUCGAGACUGAACCAGACCGAGAAUGCGCAGCCCGCGGUCAUGGCGAUGUCUGUUCUCAUACUACGCGUUCUCGAAGAGGAAAUCGGAUUUGAUACCAAAGCCCGUGUCGAUGUCACCCUAGGGCACAGCCUGGGAGAGUUCUCUGCAUUGGUCGCGGCAGGUUAUCUCCAAUUCGCUGAUGCACUCAGAUUGGUCCGUCGCCGGGCCGAAGUGAUGGCUCGAUGCACUCGACAUAUUGUAGAGCAGUCGGGCGAAAGCUACGGCAUGGUGGCCCUUGUCUGCGAGCCCGAUCAUCUUGAGGAUCUGCUGAGAACAGUCUACGAUUUUCUGGGGCUGGGGACCUCCCCGUUCGACGACACAGGCUAUGCAAUGCCACCGAUUCAACAGGUCAUGGUGGCGAAUAUCAACUCAUCUAAUCAGAUAGUUCUGAGUGGCAGUAUUGAAAGGAUCAAAGCCCUUUUGGUCCAGCUUCGUCAGUUUGGCGGGCACGAUCCCCGUGCUGUAAGACUGAAAAGUGACAGUCCGUUCCACAGUCCUGUGAUGUCCCCGGCGGCGGAAUAUAUGAGAACCGCCCUCGAAGGUGUUGACAUCACAUUUCCUGCCAUGGCCCCCUGCAUUUCCAAUGUCUCGGCCCUUCCCUUCCAGUCGAAAGAGGAUCUCAAGGAUCUGCUGUCUAGGCAAUGUACGGAUACCGUCCGAUGGUGGGAUAGCAUCCGCUAUCUCCAUCAGGAACGAGGAGUAAGCCGCUGGAUCGGAAUUGGACCGGGUAAAGUGGGCCGGAAUUUGGUUGGAAAGGAGGUUGGUAGAGUGAGCACCAAGGGAGGUGGCGUGUGGGCGGUUUGCGACCCCCGUGAAAUGGAGGACAUGAUGGCCGCUCUAGAGGAGACCGACUCUGAAGCUCGAAGCUAA